AUGGCUUCAAAGGUCUCAUGUUUAUAUAUUUUAACAGUUGUUUGCUGGGCAAGUGCUCUUUGGUACUUGAGUGCAACUCGUCCUUCAUCUUCUUAUGUUGGGCACAGCUCUUUUUCCCGUAUUGCAGUUGAACGAAAAAAUUUCAGCUUUACUAAUAUUCGAACUCGUUCCCUGAAUCCACAUAAUUUCAAUUACCUUAUUAAUGAGCCUAACAAAUGUGAGCAACUUAGCCCUUUCUUGGUGAUUCUUGUAAGCACAACACACAAAGAGUUUGAUGCAAGGCAGGCCAUAAGAGAAACAUGGGGAGAUGAAAACAACUUCAAAGGAAUACAACUGGUCACUUUAUUUUUGCUUGGAAAGAACACAGACAAUGUUUUGAAUGAGAUGGUAGAACAGGAGAGCCAAAUUUUUCACGACAUUAUUGUGGAGGACUUCCUGGAUUCCUACCAUAACCUUACUCUGAAAACUUUAAUGGGUCUGAAAUGGAUAGCCAACUUUUGUUCAAAAGCGAAGUAUGUAAUGAAAACUGACAGUGAUAUUUUUGUCAAUAUGGACAAUUUGAUCUACAAAUUACUGAAACCAAACACAAAGCCACGGAAAAGAUAUUUUACUGGCUAUGUUAUUAAUGGGGGACCUAUAAGGGACAUUCGCAGCAAGUGGUAUAUGCCCAGAGAUUUAUACCCUGACAACAAUUACCCACCAUUCUGUUCAGGCACAGGAUAUGUCUUUUCUACAGAUGUGGCUGAAGCUAUUUACAAAACAUCUCUUCAUACUAGGAUGCUGCAUCUUGAGGAUGUCUAUGUUGGACUAUGCCUGCGGAAACUUGGCAUUCAUCCCUUUCAAAAUAGUGGUUUCAAUCAUUGGAAGGUUUCAUACAGUUUGUGCAGGUAUCGUAGACUAAUUACAGUGCACCAGAUAUCUCCUGAAGAAAUGCAGAGGAUUUGGAAUGAGAUGUCAAGCAAAAAACAUCUUCGAUGCUAAAUGUACAGAAGUACAUGAAUGAUUUACAAAUGCAUUUUGUUGCCACUCAACCUCCAAUCAGCAAUCUAUGUUGAUUCACUACGGCAGUGAAAAUGUUUUUACAGCAGAAAAGGAGCUUAAACUGCUCAUAAUGGCACCCACUGUCACAAACAUAAAUACUGAAUAAUUUACCCUAACAGUUAAUGACUGCAAUUACUAUCAUAAAUAGUAAUUAAUUGAAAUGCUCUUGUUUGUUUGUUGGACUGUACAUUUUAAGUAAAUCAAAAAGGCUGGAUGUAUGUUUUAGUUUAUUUAAAAAUAAUUCAUUGUGUAUUGAUCUAUGUGUCAAGGGAUAAA